AUGGCGACGCCAGAGACGAUCCCUUUCCCAGCGAGCGAAGACCGAAAGCGUCGAGCUGAAGACCCGUCUGUCGACACCAUCAGCACGAAGAAGGUGCGAGCGGACGACCACCAACAGGAGCAACGGUCCAAUGCUGUGGUCCCGCCUCCGUCUGUCGACAUUGUAAGCACGAAGAAAGUGCAACCGUACGAUCAUCAGCAAGAGCGAUGGUUCAGUGCUGUGGCCUUGACGAAGGCGUGGGCGACGCUGGAAGACGGUCGACGCCGUAUCUACGAACUGAUCACGGAACCUUUCGAGCUUGCGAAGCAUCGUGACCAAUACACCGAGCGGCACGUGAAGUCCUGCAAGGAUACUCUGCUGUACAUCAAGCAGGAGAGCAUCACGGUCGGCAUCAGUGGCGGGUCCGUUGAAGACAGGGACUCGACGCUCAAGUCUCUCCUUCAUCAUUUUGAAGAUCCGCUCAGGAAGCUUGGUGUCAUCAUGGUGGACGCUGCGGAACGUCAGGCCGCUGGACAUCUUAUUAUCCUGACAGAUGUCGCAGGCUCGAAAGACGACCCUGUGGUGUCCGAACAAGUGAAAGCUAUGUGUGCUCUUGGAAACAAAAGAGUUGUGGUAGUGGUGCCACAUCCCGACAAAGUCGACGGCGAUGCUGGCCUAGCGCAGACACAAGACCAAGCGAACAAGAUCCUGGAGCUCCUAGCCGAGUGUGCUCGGCUGCGGUCAUUGGUAGAUAAUAUCGACAACAGAAUAGUGGGAUAUGAGGAGGCCGGCAACUUCGCUCAAGCUGGAAAAGACGGCCAGGAGAAGAGAAAGGCCGAAGUGCAGGCAAAGCUCGCCGACAACAAACUUGAGGCGUAUCGCUUAGGCCUGCGAAAUAAGCACAACGCAGCUGUGGUUGUGGAGAAUCUUGCGAAGUCUUGCAAAGCUGCUGCGUUGGUACCUGUUCUCUACAUCGCAAAUGGGCCAUACGCCGAACACCUGGCUGGCCAUUCAACGAAGGCCAGUCCAAUGCUGUCGGUCGAGCAAACGAACAUCCCGAAGUUGCGCGGACUGAUUGCCUCGUUUCCUAACGAAGUACUUCUGAAAGAAGCGCGCCUUCGUCAAAACACUGCUAUUCCGGAGCUGUUCAUGCGACUGCAUUCAUACGCCUCGGGAGAGGUCAGGGAGCGAAAACUGGACCUGGACGUACACUUGAAGUUCCCAGAGUCCCAGUCCGAUCGAUUGAUUCAGCAGCACUUCGAACAGCUCGGAAGGAAGCUCCGAAGUGCCAUCAAUACAGCCGUUAAGGACAAAGUACAAGGCUGGGCGACCCAAGCUGGCAUCCUCUGCACUAAAUACGAGGCGCAAGUCAGCUCUGACGUGUUCCUUACGAUCAUGAAACGCCACGGUCGCCGCCCAUCCAGUGGCGGCCGUCCUCCUAUCGAUAUGAGCUCGGAUCUGGUCGGGAUUAGCUCAUCGACCAUGCAGCACAUAUUCGGCAGGCCCGUUGACCUUGUCGUCCACAAAUUCGUCCGUUCUCUUACUCGAGACAUCGACACAUUGUCUGGCAACCUUGCCUCGAAAUUACAGGACACUUUCUCCGUCAACUUCGACGCAUCGAUACGAAGUCUGAAUAGGGCCAAGACUCGAUUCCAAAUAAGCGUGGAGACCACGACCAGCAAUAUCCUUGGUGGGAUGAAAGAACUCGAAAGAAAGGCAUGCGCGCCGGGAGAGGAUACAUACCUGCUCACUGCGAUGGUUCCGAUCUAUGAGCAAGUAUGGCAGCUUCAAGUCAAUGCCAUCGAUCCCGUGACCAAGGAGAAAACCAAGGAAAAAAACCGAGACCCGCGUCCGCCAGAAGGUUGGGCAAAUGCACGCAAAGCCGCAAUCAGAAAAGGCGUUGCCCAGGUCGACGGGGUGUGGGCUACGGUGCGCGGGCUCAUGAACCAAGAACUGGAGACUCUGCUUUCGGAACAGAUGACUGCACUGCAGAAGGAAAUUUGCACGGCGUUUCAGGCUUUCCGUCGGGAGUUCGACACAACUUGCGCGGACAAGUUUGGCAGCUCACCAGCGGAACUGGAGUUGCAGCAAGCCUUGCUGGAGAACCUUGAAAAGGCUCGGGAACAUUUGCUAGGCCCCAUGCGGCGUGCCUUUGAUGCGCUGGAGAAGGACCCCAAGUAUAGAUGA